CGCACCAUGGCGAAGCAGACGAAGCGCACGAAGAAGUUCGUCAAGAACAACCUUGAUCGCACGCUCAAGACGCGCCGCGAGGGCGCAAAGAAGAAGGCCGUCAUCGAGCGCUCCAAGCAGGCAAAGGCGCACAAGGCAAAGAGCGGCGCUGCGGGCCGCCAGAGUGGCGCAGAUGCAGCGCUUGCCGGCUCGGCAGGCGAAGACGAGAGCGAUGCCGAGUCGGACGCCGCGGGCCCGAUGGGCGUAGACGAGUUCCUCGGCGGCGGCUUCGAGGCCGGCAUGGGCGGCGACGAGGAUGACGAGUCGGGCGAUGAGGAUGAUGAGAGCGAGGGCGAUGACCUAGAGGACAUGGAGGAGCUGUCCGGUGAUGAGGACGAGGAGCUCGACCCGGAGGCGCACGCUGCACAGCUCAAGGCGCUGGCGGCCAAGGACCCGGAGUUCUUCAAGUACCUGCAGGAGAACGACGAGAACCUGCUGGCGUUCGGUGGCGCUUCCGAUGACGAGUCUGACGAGUCGGAAGAGGAGGAGAUGGCAGCGACGGCCACCAAGGCCAAGGGCAAGGCCAAGGCGCGCGACGACGUGAUGGACGAGGACGAGGACAGCGGGCCGCAGCUCGUGACGCUCAAGAUGCUCGCCGGCUGGCAGCGCAGCAUCCUGCAGCACCACUCGCUGCGCGCCUUCCGGCGGCUGUUGCUGGCCUUCCGCGCUGCCGCGCACAUGGGCAGCGAGAACUACGGCGGCGAGGCGUCGAGCUACGUCGUAAACGAUGCGCAGGUGUUCAACAAGCUCAUAGUCACGACGCUCAAGUACGUGCCCGUCGUGCUGGCGCACCACAUCCCGUACAAGGAGACGAACAGCCGCUACAAGCUGCCGACGAACUCGCCCAAGUUCACGGCGCUGCAGCGGCCCAUCCAGUCGUACUACUCCAACCUGCACCGGCUGCUGCGCACGCUGCCCGAGCCGAGUCUCGUGUACGUCGUUGUGAGCGAGAGCGCAAAGAUGGUGCCCUGGCUCUUGCACAGCCGCAAGCUGGCGCGGGAACACGUCAAGCUGCUGCUGGACCAGUGGGCGACUGCGGAGGACAGAGUGCGCAUCGCUGCGUUCCUGAGCAUCCGGAAGAUCGCCGCUGCCUCCGACGAGACGAUGAUGGACCUGUGCUUGAAGGGCGCGUACCAGAGCUUUGUGCGGUCAACAAAGCUCACGACGGUGCACACGCUUCCGUCGAUCAACUUGAUGAAGAAUAGCGCUUCGGAGCUGUACGGCCUCGACCUGCGGGCGAGCUACCAGCACGCGUUCGGCUUCAUUCGGCAGCUGGCCAUCCACCUGCGCACCGCGCUCAAGGCCAAGACUCAGGAGAGCUUCAAGAGCGUGCUCAACUGGCAGUUUGUGCACUGCGUCGACUUCUGGUGCCUUGUCCUCGGCACGACGUGCGAUCAGUCGCGCGCGGCCAAGGACAGCGAGAUGCAGCCUCUGAUCUACCCGCUGGUGCAGGUGGCCACCGGCGUCAUCAAGCUGAUUCCGACGUCGCGCUACUUCCCGAUGCGCCUGCACGUCAUCCGCUCGCUGCUGCGGCUGAUCCAGAAGACGGGCGUCUACGUACCGCUGACGGCGCCGCUGCUCGAGGUCUUCGACGCACCCGAGUUCCAGCGCAAGCCCAAGGGCUCGACGCUGGCGCCGCUGAACCUCGAGACGACGCUGCGUGCGCCGCAGGCCUACGUGCGCACGCGCGUGUAUGCCGACGUCAUCGCCGAGGACUCGACGCACCUGCUGCUCGAGUACCUCUCCACGCAGGCUCGCUCCAUCGCCUUCCCCGAGCUCGUCGUGCCGCUGCGCACGCAGCUGCGGCGCACGCUCAAGGCCUCGACGAGCCCGAAGCUGAGCACGAGUCUCAAGGCCAUCCUCGACAAGAUCGCGCAGAACUCGGCCUGGAUCGAGAAGCGGCGCGCCACGGUCGAGUUUGCGCCCAACGACCGCCGCGCCGUGGCGGCGUUCCUGCGGACCGAGAAGGCUGAGGCGCCGCUCGAGUCUGCAUGCCGGCUGGCACGCAAGGUGCUGGCGCAGAAGCGUGCGCUGCUCGAGCAGGCGGCGCAGGAGGUGCGUGGCUGAGGCGCCGGAAUGGAUGCGAUGUCACAGCAGACGCGGAGCGUGCGAAGGCCUAAGUUACAGAGUGUCGAACGAGG